ACCCAUAUUGAGAAAUAGUUGAAAUUGCUGCGCUCCCCCGCCCCGGCGCGACACACGGCUCAGUAUUUGCGCGUGCGAACUUCUGCACCACACCGAUACGGGCUGUACAGAUAAGUUUUGGUGAAAGUGAGAGUCUCAUUAUAGACAAUGGCUGAACUCAAGUACCUGACCGGCUUUGGAAAUGAGUUCUCCUCUGAGGAUCCGCGCUGCCCCGGAGCCCUUCCGGAGGGACAGAACAAUCCGCAGGUGUGCCCGUACAACCUGUACGCCGAGCAGCUGUCCGGCUCCGCCUUCACUUGCCCGCGUUCGGCCAACAAGCGCAGCUGGCUCUACCGCAUCAUUCCCUCCGUGCGGCACAAGCCCUUCAACGUUAUGCAUCAUGGGAGCCUGACCGACAACUGGAAUGAGGUGGAGCCAGAUCCCAACCAGCUGCGGUGGUUGCCAUUCACCAUCCCCAAAGUUGCGGAGAAGAAGGUUGACUUUGUGAUGGGACUGAACACUGUCUGCGGGGCGGGGGAUUCCAGAGCCCGCAACGGUAUCGCCAUCCACGUGUACACCUGCAACACAUCCAUGAUUGACAGAUCCUUUUACAACUCAGAUGGAGAUUUUCUCAUUGUCCCACAGCAGGGAAAGAUAUUGAUCACCACAGAAUUUGGCAAGAUGAUUGUGGAACCCAAUGAGAUCUGUGUGAUCCAGCAAGGGAUGCACUUCAGUGUGGAGGUCUUCGGGGAGAGCCGGGGCUAUGUGCUGGAGGUGUAUGGGGCCCAUUUCGAGCUGCCUGACUUGGGACCCAUUGGUGCCAACGGAUUAGCCAAUCCCAGAGACUUCCUGAUUCCUGUGGCCUGGUAUGAGGAUUGCACAGUUGCCGGGGGAUACACCGUCAUCAGCAAGUAUCAGGGAAAGCUGUUCUCUGCAUUGCAGGACCAUUCCCCCUUCAACGUGGUGGCCUGGCACGGCAACUACACACCCUACAAGUACAACCUGGAGAACUUCAUGGUCAUCAACUGUGUGGCUUUCGACCAUGCGGAUCCCUCCAUCUUCACUGUGCUAACAGCUAAGUCUGUGCGACCCGGAGUUGCCAUUGCCGACUUUGUCAUCUUUCCCCCGCGGUGGGGCGUAGCUGAUCACACCUUUCGACCCCCGUACUACCACAGGAACUGCAUGAGUGAGUUCAUGGGCCUCAUCAAGGGGCAUUAUGAGGCCAAGGAAGGGGGCUUCCUGCCCGGAGGGGGUAGUCUCCACAGCAUAAUGACGCCGCACGGGCCAGACGCCGACUGCUUCGAGAAGAACAGCAAGGUGGCGCUGAAGCCCGAGAAGGUGGCUGAGGGGACUAUGGCCUUCAUGUUCGAGUCCUCCUUCAGCAUGGCUGUCACCCGUUGGGGGAUGGACACCUGUCGGCGCCUUGACAAGGAUUAUUACAGAUGCUGGGAGCCACUGCGGAGUCACUUCGACCCCCACUGGACGCCCAGUAGCCAGUAGGCCAAGGCAGGGCCUGGGGGUGUCCAAGAGCCGCUGCGAGGGAAUGAUGGACCCUGAGCGUAGGAACUGAACCGGAAACACAGCAUUAUAAACCAAAGCGAUUACAGGCAUGUGAACUGGACCAAGGACACAGGGACCAAGGAGGCUCUUAACAUGUUAGACUAAAGCAUGGAGGGACAGGUGCACACGUAUAAUGGGGGUGAAUUACAUGCGUGUGAAAGACACUGACACACGGGGGCCUAAUCACACCUCAUCAGACGGGAAUCAGGAAAAUCACUGUCCCUCUUUAAACAAUCAGUGUCUGUUCCUGGGAAUACAUCAUGCUUUUAACUUAACCUACACUUAAAAUAAAUGAAUAAAACCACA